UUUAACCCUACAUCUGUACUACCCAUGCUGCUGACGUCACAGGACUCAAAAUGAUACAUUGUAUCCGCAGCGCGUUCCUCGCUCUUAUAUUUGUUACAAUGUUGCAGUCUGUCUGCAGUGACUUCCACACUCUGGCGCAUCUGAGAGCGAAAGUUAGCGAUAAAACUCAGUCCAGAGCUGUGAUGGAUCUACUCAAACGACUGCUGGGAAACAGAUCUCGGGAUUUUAUCGUGUCAGUCAACAGGAGUUUGUCUAAAGACAGUUUAGACGUGUGCGAGCUGCGAUCCGCGAAAAACAAUAAGAUAUUGGCAGUGGGCAGCACGGGGGUGGCAGUGGCCACCGGUAUAUACAACUAUCUGAAAUACUUCUGCAACUGUCAUGUGUCCUGGUCCGGAGAUCAGUUAAAUAUCCCCCGACCUCUGCCCCAUCUCACCGGCGUCCUGCGAAUCAACACAAAGCACAGGUUCAGGUAUUAUCAGAAUGUGUGCACUCAGAGUUACUCCACUGUAUGGUGGGACUGGCAGAGAUGGCAAAGAGAGAUCGACUGGAUGGCGCUGAAUGGCAUAAACCUGCCUCUGGCUUUCACUGGGCAGGAGGCGCUAUGGCAAGAGGUGUAUCUGUCUCUUGGUUUUAACCAGACUGAGAUUGAUCACUUCUUCACAGGUCCAGCUUUUCUAGCAUGGAACCGUAUGGGAAACCUCUUUCAAUGGGGUGGACCGCUUCCCCAGUCUUGGCAUGUUAAACAGCUCUAUCUGCAGUUUAAAAUCUUGGACAGAAUGAGGGCUUUUGGAAUGUUACCUGUAUUGCCCGCUUUUUCAGGAAUUGUUCCUGAAGGUAUUACCAGGUUGUUUCCCAAAGCAAAUGUGACCAAGCUAAGCUCCUGGAGCCAUUUUAACUGCACCUACUCCUGCGCUUAUGUGCUGGACCCACGAGACCCGCUCUUCCAGCGAAUCGGAGCACUCUUCCUGUCCCAGGUCAUUAAGGAGUUUGGAACAGACCACAUUUACAACACAGACACCUUCAAUGAGAUGAACCCUGCCUCCUCUGACCCCACUUACUUGGCGUCUAUUAGUCGUGCGGUUUUCAGUACUAUGACUUCAGUGGAUCCUCAAGCAAUUUGGCUGAUGCAGGGUUGGCUCUUUAUCAGUGACCCUUUAUUCUGGAGACCUGUCCAGGUCAAAGCCUUGUUACACGGUGUCCCUCUGGGGCGAAUGAUUGUCCUGGAUCUCUUCGCCGAAUCCAUACCCGUUUACUCUUCAACUAACUCCUUCUACGGCCAGCCUUUUAUUUGGUGCAUGCUUCACAAUUUUGGGGGGAAUAGUGGCCUGUUUGGAACAGUGGAUCGUAUUAACUCUGGCCCUUUUGAUGCCCUCAGGUUCCCAAAUUCCACACUGGUCGGGUUGGGUUUGACUCCCGAGGGCAUCGAACAAAACCCGGUAGUUUAUGAACUCAUGAGCGAGCUGGCCUGGCGCAAAGAACCUGUCAACCUUUCCAAGUGGGUGUCACUUUAUGCUUUGCGCCGCUACGGUAGCCUGGAUGAGAACCUAGUGUUGGCGUGGCGACUUUUGUUUCAUAGCGUGUACAACUGCACUCUUCCGCAAUACAAGAACCACAACCGGAGUCCUCUGGUACAUAGGCCAUCACUGCACAUGCAAACGGACAUUUGGUACAAACCUGCUGACUUAUACAAGGCAUGGAAACUGUUGUUUGAGGCUGCGCCAGGGCUAGUCUCUUUGAAAACCUUCCGAUAUGAUCUCGUUGAUGUGACACGACAAGCGCUUCAGAUUCUCACAACAGAAUUCUACAAGGAAAUACGAGAUGCGUUCCAGGCCCAAAAGCUUCCUGAUCUCCUGACUGCCGGUGGCGUUCUUGUCUACGAUCUCUUACCUGAAUUGGACCGCCUCCUUUCCAGCAAUGAUCGCUUCCUUUUGGGGGCGUGGCUUCAGCAGGCACAAUCUCAGGCUAUGGAUCAACAUGAGGCGCAGCUGUAUGAUAUGAACGCUCGAAAUCAGAUCACACUUUGGGGCCCCGAUGGCAACAUCCUGGACUAUGCCAGCAAAGAGUGGGGUGGUCUAGUGGAAGACUAUUAUUUGCAGCGUUGGGGUUUGUUUGUUAAUACGCUAGUGGAAUGUCUGGACAGAGGAAGACCGUUCAAGCAGGACGUCUUCAACCAAGCUGUGUUUCAAGUCGAGAAAGGUUUUGUGUACAACCAGAGAAAAUAUCCAACCAAGCCACUAGGGGACACUUAUGACAUUGUGCGACGGAUCUUCCUCAAAUACUACCCAUACGCCAUGAAAAGGUUAAAGUGAAGUGACCACUAUGCAUUUGAUGCUUAGAAAUCAUUCACAAAGCAUUCAGGAAUCAGAGUGAUACAUGCAUAUGAUGGGAAACAACAGUCAAAACACCAGCUUCCAAUGUUUUCUUUAUAAAGAUGAGUGGCUAUUCAUGCUGUUUAAAUGAUUAGGACAAGAAAAUUAAGGAAAUGGAGGAGGAUGCAAUUAUUUCUUUCAUGUCAACUACUUUGAAAUACUUUUUAUGACCUUCUGGGAAGUGUCUCAGACCUGACAAGACAUUUCUUAAUGCAUUAUGUAUCAGCGUUUCACAUUAUUCAUCCAUAUCACCACCUGUUGGGCAGGGAGGAGAAUUUAUAGAUAUAAAUGACUUAAAUAUUGAUCCGUUUCUCACCCACACCUAUCGUAUCUCAUCUGAAGACAUGUGUUAAACCACUGGAGUCUUAUGGAUUACUUUUAUGCUGCCUUUAUAUGCUUUUGGUGCUUCAAAGUUCUUAUCACCAUUCACUUGCAUUGUAUGGACCUUCAGAGCUGAAAUAUUCUUCUACAAAAAUGUUGUGUGUUCAGCAGAAGCAAUAAAGUUAUACACAUCUGGGAUGGCAUGAGGGUGAGUAAAUGAUGAGAGAGUUUUCAUUUUUGGGUGAACAAAGCCUUUAGGUGUUCACAAUGGGAUAGCACACUUGCAAUACACUCACCUAAAGGAUUAUUAGGAACACCUGUUCAAUUUCUCAUUAAUGCAAUUAUCUAAUCAACCAAUCACAUGGCAGUUGCUUCAAUGCAUUUAGGGGUGUGGUCCUGGUCAAGACAAUCUCCUGAACUCCAAACUGAAUGUCAGAAUGGGAAAGAAAGGUGAUUUAAGCAAUUUUGAGAGUGGCAUGGUUGUUGGUGCCGACUGAUUCAAGCUGAUAGAAGAGCAACUUUGCCUGAAAUAACCACUCGUUACAACCGAGGUAUGCAGCAAAGCAUUUGUGAAGCCACAACACGCACAACCUUGAGGCGGAUGGGCUACAACAGCAGAAGACCCCACCGGGUACCACUCAUCUCCACUACAAAUAGGAAAAAGAGGCUACAAUUUGCAAGAGCUCACCAAAAUUGGACAGUUGAAGACUGGAAAAAUGUUGCCUGGUCUGGUGAGUCUCGAUUUCUGUUGAGACAUUCAGAUGGUAGAGUCAGAAUUUGGCGUAAACAGAAUGAGAACAUGGAUCCAUCAUGCCUUGUUACCACUGUGCAGGCUGGUGGUGGUGGUGUAAUGGUGUGGGGGAUGUUUUCUUGGCACACUUUAGGCCCCUUAGUGCCAACUGGGCAUCGUUUAAAUGCCACGGCCUACCUGAGCAUUGUUUCUGACCAUGUCCAUCCCUUUAUGGCCACCAUGUACCCAUCCUCUGAUGGCUACUUCCAGCAGGAUAAUGCACCAUGUCACAAAGCUCGAAUCAUUUCAAAUUGGUUUCUUGAACAUGACAAUGAGUUCACUGUACUAAAAUGGCCUCCACAGUCACCAGAUCUCAACCCAAUAGAGCAUCUUUGGGAUGUGGUGGAACGGGAGCUUCGUGCCCUGGAUGUGCAUCCCACAAAUCUCCAUCAACUGCAAGAUGCUAUCCUAUCAAUAUGGGCCAACAUUUCUAAAGAAUGCUUUCAGCACCUUGUUGAAUCAAUGCCACGUAGAAUUAAGGCAGUUCUGAAGGCGAAAGGGGGUCAAACACAGUAUUAGUAUGUGUUCCUAAUAAUCCUUUAGGUGAGUGUAUAUUGGCCAAGCAUUUGCGUUUGUGUUUGCUUACUUGUGUAAAGUAUGUUUUUGGCUAAAGCUUUACCAAUGUGCAGGACCGGAUAUUUUACUGCUGGAGUUUCUACUGUCAUUUCAGGUUUUUUGUACUGUAUACACUGAUUGUAUUGUGCCACCCCUAAAAAUUUUGAAUUUUGGUACAAAUUUCCUGUAGACACUACAUGAAGGCAUUGUUAUGACUGAAGAAACUGGGCCAUUCCCCCUGCCUUGGCAUGCCAGACAAAACACAGCAACAUUUAUUUAUUUUUUUAUUUAAUAAAAAAAAACAUCUUUAAACAGAACCUUUUUUUAAAAAAGUGGUUUUGAUUUUAGGAAGCAAAAUACAUUAAAGGAAUGAAACCAGUAACUUCAGAAACAUACCAAAAAGUUUUUUCUUGACAAUCUAAAUAAGAUGCAGGUUGUUACCUACCUCUGAAUUAAAUUAAAUAUAUUUUCAGUGUACAAUAUUUUGACAAAAUAAUUGAUUAGUCAACCCCAGGUAAAUACUUCCCUGUCUUAUAAUGGGCUGCUGUUUUCUUUAACAGCAGAAAAUGCUACAACUAACCAUAUUAUAGCAUCAGAAUAGACGUAGUUCAACAUUACGAAUACGAUUUAUUUUUAGGUUGGUUUUAGAAUAUGGAUCUUGUUUUAGAUUAUUUAGAAUCUGUAUUCAACAGCCUGUAAUUUUUGUGUUGAUUCUUAUUUAGUUCUUUG